AUGAAUUUUAACUGGCGCCUCCGCGGCGACAGAGACGUGGACAAGGACGCCCUUGUCUCGGCGCGCGAUGUGAAGGAUCGAAAAGCGGCCGUGGGUGGGCAGCCCGAUUUUUUGACGCUUCUGGGUAUGGACGACAAGGAAGUCGAGAGGGAGGCGCAGCGAAGGCGGCUCAGCCGUGGCCAGGGCAGUGCCGGCUCAGCAGACCACUUCCUCGGAGGCCUUGGGCUCAACUUCGAUAAUGCUGCGGCAAACCCCUUCUCGGAUGUCAACGCAUUGCCUCACGACUCGGCAAAGCCAGCGCCGCUCACCGUGGUCAACCCAGGCAACAAUCCCUUCUCGGAUGCUAACGCCAUUUCGGCGCCGGCCGCAGCAGCAAAGCCGCCGUCAACGUACGUUGCGGACUUGCGCCGGUCUCGAGGAACAUCAUUCGGCGGCGGCACGACAAGGCCGCCCAGUGGUUCGACAUAUUCACCUCGUCUGGAAUCCAUGUACCGGGACUCAAUGCAAAGUGUGGAAAGCUUUGCCACAAGGCGGAACAAGUUCCGAUCCGACCCGUUCGAUUUGGAGCGGCCUGAGCUACUUGGGAACCGUACGACGCAGGCAAGCAGCAAUUACAGCCAGGUCGGUGGUGGCCCGCCUCGAGUGCCAGGCUCAGCCCACACACGAGCCGAUAGCUUCAGCUCGAAGUACAGCAGCGGGGUGAGCAUGGACGGCUGGAGCGAUCCAGGCCCAGAUGUUGGGCCAUCUUCGAGCGGACCGAGUUAUCGCUACGAGACUGAGAGCCCGAUUGCGGGAUACCGCCCUGGCGAGCAGAAGACGGUUGGGCGGAGACCCAGCGGAGGGAGCCAGAAUAGCGUCGGCAAGGCGCUGUAA